AUGAGUCCGUUAAUCUUCCUGAACAUAGAGCUGGUGCUUCUCGUGAUUUUUUCUGCUUCUGAGUUUUCUUUUACAGUCUCUGGAAGCGUGAAAUCCAAUGGUGUCUGCUACGGAGAGAAUGGUGACAAUCUCCCUCCACCAAGCGAAGUCAUAGAUCUGUACAAAUCCAACAACAUCAGAAGUAUUCGUCUCUACGGCCCCAAUCAAGACGCCCUCAAAGCCCUCAAAAACUCCAACAUUCCCGUCAUCCUCGGCGUCCCAGUUUCUGAUGUCCCCUCUCUUGCUUCCAAUCCCUCCGCCGCCGCCUCGUGGAUCCAAAACAAUGUCCUGUCCUUCUUGCCGGAUGUCACAUUCCGUUACAUCACCGUCGGCAACCAACAAAUUUAUGGCAACGAAGCUGGAAACAUUCUCCCUGCAAUGCAGAAUGUGCAGAAAGCCCUGCAGUCCGCCGGCCUCCAGGAUAGGAUAAAGGUCUCAACUGCGGUCGGCACCGAUGUCCUUGGCAGCUCAUAUCCUCCCUCUCAUGGCACCUUCGCCUUCAAAGCAUUACCCAUUCUCCAACCCAUCAUCGACUUCCUCGCCGCAAACGGAGCUCCACUGCGCGUCAAUGUCUACCCUUACGACAGCUACAGUAGCAAUCCCAACGACAUCUCCAUUGACUACGCGCUCUUCACUUCGCCGGGAACGGUGGUCACGAACGGGCAGCUGCAGUAUCAGAAUCUGUUCGACGCGAUAGUUGAUGCAGUCUACUCUGCUCUGGAGUUGUCUGGAAAAUCUAACGUCGCCGUGGUGGUGUCGGAGACCGGAUGGCCGUCGGAAGGCGGGCUGGCGGCUACCGCAGCUAAUGCGCAAACAUAUGUGUCGAACUUGAUGAAGCAUGUUGUGUCGGGAACGCCGAAGAGGCCGGGGAGCAUUGAAGCUUAUAUAUUUGAGAUGUUUGAUGAAGACAUUAAGCAACCACAGGGAACAGAGAAUCAUUAUGGGCUGUUUUACCCUAAUAAGCAGCCGAAAUAUUCUCUGAGUUCUUAAUUACGAACUUAUUCUGCAUUGUUUAAAAUAAGCUCUCUUGAAGUUUGUUUGCUGUUUGCAGUUUAUGCAUUGAGAUGCAGCAUUUGUUUCUGCACAGGGAGAGUCAAACGUAGUUAUGGAUAAUUUCAAUGUACUUGGUGAA